UUUUUUAACAUCAACAUGGUCGACCCGGCAUCUUUCAACUCUAUCUUCGUUGCAGGCCAACAGGUGACCCAACAGAUCGGUAAUGGCAAUAAAAGUUCCAAGCGCGCGAGUACAUACCUCAGUUUGCCAAGAUGCGAGGACAGCCAGAACGUUCUUAACUUUAGUCUCGGGUCUCCCUUCCUUUUCGAAGACGUUAUUUCAGGCUUGACACCUUCGCCACGCUCUCUUGAGUUUAACAUUCAUCUUCCAAGUGCUAUUACUCCCUCUUCGCCACUACCGCUCUUCUCUUCUUCCUUUAUCGAGCCCUUCGAUGCCUUCGUCGACUCAGACGCCUCUGACUCCGAGGAUGAGGAUGAGGAUACACAAUAUAUCAGCAUCCCUUCCAGCAGUCCUUUCUACCAUCCUCCCCCCAAGCCGCACUCCUUUGGCUUCGCACCCUGGUCGGAAGCCUGCUCGGCAUCUCGCAUGUCGCUUGCCUGCGAUGCACUGUCCGAUGAUGUCGGAGAAUCGGCUGCUAUGCUUUUCCAUGAAAAGCUGGACGUGAUCUCCCAUGUCCGCGAUGAUGUAUUCAUCGUGGACGAAGAGUUUCUCCAUGAGGCUGGCAUGGAAUUAUACGUGUCCCCUUCUGAGGUUUUCCAAGAUGUUUAUUUGGAUGCGCUGAAGAAUUCUGUGGGGCUUAGGUCACUUCACUACGAGGACCCUCAACCAGAUGUCCCUGUUGAUUCCGAAGACACGCGUGCAGAAGUAUAUCCCGGUAUCCUUCCGGUGACUGUCGAGAUUGUAGAACCUGUCAUCAUAACCCCAUCUGUGGGUCGCCGGUCACCAAUGUUGGACAGGCGCCUGGUCGCGCCUUUUGAGGAGGCAGAGGCGCAGCUACCUAAUCAUGCUAGCCUCGCUUCUCGUUCUUUGUAAUCUCAGACCAACGCUGCCAUGUACGAUUAAGCACAGCGUGUCUACCGUUUCAUUUCUUCAAACUCGAAGCAGCACCCUCUUUCAUUUCUUUCUCGUUCCGGCUGGCAAUCGGUGUAGUUCGGCGGAUAUAUGGAUACCCUGAGUUGAAGUUUGAUACCUCUGUCGAAAUUAUAAACCUCAGGUGCAUUCCUGUAUAGUAUACCUACGUUCCUAUCCGUAGCGCAAUUAUUCUUUCGCUCUUGAGUUUAUUGCCCCUGUUAGAUAACUUGGGUGUUUGAAGUCUUUGACCCGGACGGUGGAAUGUGAAGAGCG